UGGCAUUUCCUUCCUGCCUCUCUCCCUCACGCGCUGUUGAUUUAGAUCAGGUCCUUAGGGUGAGGAUGUAUUUGUGUCAAGCUGCUACAAAGGAAGAGUAAACAAAGAGUAAACAUUGACUGAACGGAGGAACAGGAAAGACCCUCCUUUAUAGGCUCAACAAAGGUUGCUCACCGGACAGCAGCAGCAAUGUGAUUGUUUGGGUCAGAGAGCAGAUGAUGUCCUGGUACAGCUAAAGCAGAGAAUCUCCCCUCCUGUCCUCUGUCCUAUAUGAGGACCCGAAGAUGACUGUCACCAGCCGGCAGUCCUUCAAUGUCCUGACGGUCAUCUUCCUCCUGCUGUCCACCGCAGCUCUAUCAGCUAAUUUCAGAGUGUGUGAACCAUAUUCCGACCACAAGGGGCGCUACCACUUUGGUUUCCACUGCCCUCGUCUCUCUGACAACAAGACCUACAUGUUCUGCUGUCACCACAACAACACAGCCUUCAAGUACUGCUGUAAGGAGACUGAGUUCCAGACGGUCAUGCAGGUCAACCUCACCACCACCACAGACGGCUUCAAACACAAUAACUACACAGCCCUGGUAGGAGUGUGGAUCUAUGGCUUCUUCGUCAUGGUGCUGCUAGCCCUGGACUUCCUCUACUACUCGGCCAUGAACUAUGAGUUGUGUCGGGUUUACCUGGAGAAGUGGGGUCUGGGAGGGCGCUGGCUGAAGAAGGCUAGGAGCCAGUGGCACCGGCCGGUCCCAGGAGAGGAGAGUGAGACCCAGAACCAGGCCCAGGGUCACCCCAUGGCCCUUAGCCACCACCACCCCAGACACAGCCUCCGAGGCGAGGGCCAGAGCCCCACGCUCCUCCCCUACCACACACCGACCGUCUGAGUGAAGCUGCAAGAGGAUGAAUGAGUAGAAGAGUAGAGAGCAGCGACGUCGGGCAGAGGAUAGCACGGCUCAGACACCUGUCUCUGUCUGGCUGGAUUAUUGACACAGUAAUGUACCACAGGGUGGCUGGCCCUACGGAAGCUAGUGGCUAGCUAGCAGUUCCUGCUCACCUCCAUUCCUCUGAGCUCCUACACACAGGGCUAUGGAGGAUAGAGUAUGACGAAACGUCU